CAUCCUCCUCCCACAACACAAACACUGUAUCUGUGGCGGAACAACACAAUGGGGCUGUAAUGUCAGCGACGGGCGAGAUCGCAGCAUCUUCUCAAGAGUACUGAAUCUGUGUAUGGAUUUAAUGAUGAUGAAAAAGAAGAAAUUUAAGUUCAAGGUGGAUUUUGAGCUGGACGAGCUCUCGUCUGUCCCCUUUGUGAACGGUGUCCUCUUCUGUAAAGUCAGGCUGCUGGACGGAGGGUUCUCCGAGGAGUCUUCUCGGGAGCCAGUGCAGGCCAACUGUGUUCGAUGGAGGAAACGGUUCUCUUUCCCCUGCAAGAUGAGCGCCAGUGCAGGAACAGGUGUACUGGACCCUUGUGUGUGCCGUGUGUCUGUCAGAAAGGAGCUGAAAGGUGGGAAGGCAUAUGCAAAGCUCGGUUUUGCAGAUCUGAAUUUAGCAGAGUUUGCCGGCUCAGGGAACACAACCCGCAGAUGUCUGCUGGAAGGCUACGAUACCAAAAAUACUCGCCAGGAUAACUCCAUUCUCAAGGUCAUCAUCAGUACACAGCUCAUGUCAGGGGAUCCCUGUUUUAAAACGCCUCCGUCCACAGCCACAGUGAUCGGGAUCCAGAGUGAUGGAGAGAGCCUGCUGGAGGAGAGGAGGGGUGGGGACUCACAGAAAGGCUGUUCUGCAGAGAGUCGAGAAGGGAAGUGUCCUGUUGCUUCUGAUGACCUUGGGGGCUGCGGACACUCCCGAACAUCCAGCUACGCCAGCCAACAGUCCAAACUCUCAGGAUACAGCACAGGUCACUCCCGCUCCUCCAGCAUGUCAGAGUUCAGUCACCGGAGAAACCACUCAGUGGGCAGCGCCUCUACAGGCAUCGGCAGCAUCCCAGAGCCCAGCGAGGACCGGGACAGAGAGUCCAGACCUUGUCCUGCUCUACCUGAACACCCAGUCCCCACCACCACUAGCAACCCACCAGGCACUCCAGUACGGAGCGCUUCGUCCUGUGAACGACUCAACAGACACCCAGUGAAGCAGGACUCCAUGGAGUCUCAGCUGAAGAGAAUGGACGACACGCGGGUGGAUGCUGACGAUGUUGUGGAAAAGAUUCUCCAAAGUCAAGACUUCACACCAAGCCUACUGGACUCCAGUGCUGAAGAGGAAGGCUUGCGUCUGUUUGUUGGCCCUGGGGGAAGCACAGCCCUGGGAAGCCAUCACCUUCCCACCAGGGUUGGUGCUGGAGCGUACGAGCAGGUGGUGAUAAAGCGCUAGACCUGCAGCCUCUCAAAGGAGGACUGACACUGCUUGCAUAGAAAAAAACUGGAGGCAAGAAUGUGUCAAUUCCAACCUGCAUUCCUGCAGCACACACGUUACCUGAUCAGUACUGUGUCUAACCUGAUCGCUCUGUGAAUGGUCGACAUUGCAACAGUGCCCUCCUUUGUUCAUAUCUCAUAUGACACUGUAGCUCCCUGGUAGAUUUUUAAGAGCCAGAGGUAGUGUAUUCAUACAGAUUAGAUAAAUGAAACCAAGAAUGUUUAAAACAUUAACCUAUAUGUAACUGAAACUCCUCAUUUUCUGGGUGUAGAUUUGGCUCAUGGUUAUGAGGCCAACUUUAUCACCCAGAAUCCAAAUCAAUUUAAACUGUUAGGAACUUGAAGAAAGCCUUUUUGCAAUGGAGGACACCAAGACUGGCUUUGUGUGUGCAUCAUCAGAACAAACUGAAAUCAACUCUGAAGAAGAGUAUGCAAUGCUAUUUCAAUACAUUCCUUUAGCCUCCGUGUUUGUUUUGAACUUCCUGUUCAAAUAGGACAUUGUAUUUAAUAUUUGCCUAUAAGCUGCUAAAAAGUUGUAGUUGCCAGCACUCUGUUGGUAUUUUGAAUUUGAGAAUAUUUUACUACAAAGACGAGACAUCAGACUUGAGCUAUUUGACGAGUGAACGUGGACUGUGUGUGAAUGUGUAUGUGGCAAGACCACUUUUCUUAAUAGUAAGCGUUAUCCUGUUGUCUUGGAUGAGUGGAGAGACAUGAUCUCUUGCUACAUCGGUACUUGCAAUGAGGAAAUGGGAGAACAUGACAACUGACUUACUUGCAAUCAUAAGAGGUCCUUGUUGUCAUUUGUUUGCUGAGCAGUUUUAGUAAAUCCUACAGUACUAAUCUGCCCUACAAAUGCAAAUCGCAAAAACAGCAUAUUUGUCUAAAACAGAGUUUUCAAAUUUAGCUUCUUGAUAAGGACUGACAUCUUGGUGACCUAGUUUCUCCAAUUCUCCAGCUUUGGUGUGAUUACCUUCAAAUCCGAUUUUAAAAUCUUUUAAAUUGUAAAUUAUGACAUUGAUUUUAUGAACUAUAUUAAUAAUAGAUGUACAGGCAGACACCCAGAAGGACAAAAACAUUUAAAUCCUACUAUCUAAAGACUAUUAGACUAUCAGUAAUCAAAACAAAGUUUAUUUUCCUAAACAAAGUAGUUUAAAAGGCAAGGAGAAGAAAGUUGGUGCAUCCAGUUUUCCUCUCAAAUUCUCUAAUAGGUUAACCCAACGCAGAGUGCAGUAAUUGCUUUUUUUCCUUCCUUUUUUGGGUAUUAUGUUUGUCCUAAAAAUAAAUAGCCUAAAAUGUGAAAAUGAAGGUAUUACAACUGCUGUCUGUUACGCAGUUUGCCUUUCUUCUCAAGAUAGUGCUUUAGUGCCUUUGUAGGGCAGUAAAACUGAUUAUAAAAAGGGGCUUCUAUGAUGAAUAUGAAUAUAGAAGGGUAUAUACUGUAUCUAAUGCCCAGCAUUUCAGCUAUGUAUCUAUUGUAUACCUAUGCUUUGCAACUCAACUACAUCUCUCUGAGCUGGCCUGUUAACCAGGAGCCAGUGAACAAAUGUAAGAUCCUGUGACGUAUUUACAAAUGAAUUGAUGUGUAACCGAUACAUACUGUAAUUUGUUACACUUAAGGAUUGUACAAAGAAGGACUAGUUAAGUUAUCCACUGCCAUGAAGAAAAUAUUCUACAGCACCUGUUUUCAAAAAGACCCAGAGUAAUAGUUUUGUGUGUGUAUCUAUACCUCAUAACAUCUUAAAAACCAGUCUAAUUAUCAAACACAAUCAAAACAUGAAUGAUUAGCGCAACAGACAAAAUCCAAUACAACAAUAUAAAUCUGAUGAAAGUUUUAAAAUUCUAAUAGUGUUGUGCACGUUCGCUAUUUGCAUUUCCAGCCUAAUAGGACAUUAAGUGCACAAUUUAUUAGCAAGUCCGCUAAAGUACACAGCACACUGUCGUUACCUGGGACCCCGUCAGGCCUAUGCAUAAUAAGAAAUGUACAAGCAUUAUAACUAGUGAAAACAUAACUGUACAGUAUCUGUAAUCUUCUGUCUCCUGUCAUAAGCCAUAGUAGAGGUAGGAUUCUUCCUCUUCUAGAUUAACUAUACGUGUUCUAUCAAUAUCUGCACAAGCGUCAUCAGUGUCUGGUGGUUAACUAUGCGUCAGUGUUCUCUGUUUCCAUGUUCGUAUGUUCUGCAUGAUUUUGUUAGCUUGCAGAACUUGACACAUCUUCAUGUUUCUCCUAAUUUGAUAUCGUGCCAUCUUUUAAUCUAAAUAUUAUCACACUGAAGAAACAACUGCACCUGCCUAUUGUAGAAAAACAUGUUUUUCCUCAUUUCAUAUUUCAAAAGCAUAUAUCUGCACAGUUUUUGAUGUAACUGUAAAUCAGCGUAUUCAUUUUUAUUUUUUGGCAUGGUGUAUACGUGUUAUGUUGAAAACCACAUCCAUAAAGAGAUCAUUGUCUUUGUUUUUGGAACCUUUCAUUGCUGAUAUUGUGCCAUAUUUUUGCUAAAUAUUUUAUUGUUGAGAAAAAAAGUGUUCUCACUAUGUAGUUAAGACAGUGUUGAGUGUAUGUUUUAUGGCUACCAAAUAUCAACUAUUGGAGAUUUGUGUUGAUUUUUUGUUGGGUUUUAUUUUUGGGGGAUAACAAUUGUUUUACCUGUGUGAUACAGGUAUGAUUACCUUGGUACCUAACAUGUUGUUACAAACAUGGUUUCUUCUCUUCUGUGAAGCUGUUGUCUAUAUAAAACUGUAAAAUGUAUUCUCCUGUAAAGUGAUGUUCUGCGCUGUUCUGACACUGUCCAGUGUUUCCUGUUACAGACUAGUCCUUUCGACCAACAUUUGCUUCCUUAACAAGUGUACUGGAUGCUUCAAAUGUGUACCUUGCACUGUUGAAUAAAACAGUUCAAAACCUUGA